AUGCGGCUCAUUUGCGCGAACACCAAGGAGCUCAGAGAAUUCUCACACUCUAGCAGCAAACAAUACGCUAUACUCUCGCACCGAUGGAGAGACGAAGAGAUUACCUUUCAGGACCUCAGCGGAGACAUGAGAUCAGUGUCGAUGAAGAAAGGUUACCAGAAGCUCGAAAGCGCAUGCAGACAAGCUACGCGAGGGGGCUUCAGGUACAUCUGGGUCGACACUUGUUGCAUGAACAAGGACAGUAGCGCCGAGCUCUCGGAAGCGAUCAACUCCAUGUACCGCUGGUACCACGAGGCUGAAGUCUGCUACGCAUAUCUCUUCGAUGUUCCCGACGGCGUUGAUCCCCAUGCAGACCCCAGCGCAAAGUUUGCGAACAGCGAGUGGUUCAGAAGAGGAUGGACCUUGCAAGAGCUCGUGGCCCCCAGGAAAAUGGUGUUCUUCUCACAAGGUUGGAAGCAAUUGGGCACCAAGGCAAGCCUCAAAGAUAUCCUGGCAAAAAUCACAGGAAUAGGCACAGGGGUCCUCGAUGGCACGAUGGAUCCGAUGGCUGUGAGCGUUGCCACGCGCAUGUCGUGGGCUGCAAGUAGGCAUACCUCAAGGCCUGAAGACGAGGCGUACAGUUUGAUGGGGCUUUUCAAUGUCAACAUGCCGAUGUUGUACGGCGAGGGUAGCGAGAAGGCGUUCAUACGACUGCAAGAACAUAUCAUGGAAGAUUCAGACGACGAAUCAAUAUUCGCUUGGAUCAACAAGUCCGCACCAGACAACGACCUGAGCCUCCACGGUCUGCUUGCCCCGUCUUCAAGGUACUUUGCCCACUCGGGCGGUAUUCAGCCCUACUGCAGCUGGGACCAGCGAUCGUCCUUUCGCAAAACCAACAAAGGCCUGCGGAUUUCGCUAAACCUCACCCGGAUUGAGGGCAACAUUUAUAUUGCCGCAAUCAACUGUUCCGCAGCGACGAACCAUUACUCCGGAUAUUUAGGGGUUUUCCUCAAACGCCUUGAUGGCCCAGAUGAGAUGGGUGACGAGGAUGAAGACUAUCGACACUACGCUCGCAUCAGGAUUGGAAGCCUGCCAUUCCUCGAGAGUCGUGGCACCAUGCGGGUUCUGUACGUGCAUCAAAACGCAGCCUCCGUGGCCCAGACUGCCAUGAACAGAAUUCAUCUGGAUCACAUCCUCCAAUUGUGGCAAGGUCCGUCUUCGACCCAAGGUUACACACUCGUGCGUACGAGCGGCACAGCUUGCUCUGCUGAGGCUGCAGUCAUGUUGGGUGGUCGUGAGUGGAUCGGUGUCAAUACGUCGGUAUUCUUGCUGCCGAAGGGUGUUGAGAAGACAGCGUGUGUGUUGGAGUUUGAACGGGAGUGGGACAAAUCGCACUUCAACUUGUGUGUCUACUCGACGGCUGACUUUGGAAUCGUAUUCGAUGUGCAAGAGAUAACAAGAGGUGGAGAGAUUGAACAGGAGAGAAACACUUACAAACCGAAGACGCAUCCUGGACAGAUGCUGACGACGGACAGAGAAUCGAUCCGAGUAGACGCGUGGCCACUUGUGAAAGGAGGGAGAAAGUACUACAUCAUCGAUAUAGUGGUUACACUGACUCUCAGGCGAGAUGCGCAGGGUUUCUUUCGAAAGUGGCUUCGGAGUGCAUAG